AUGGCUCCUCGUACUGACUUCCCGCCCGUUCGGGCCUGUCUGUUCGACAUGGACGGCCUCCUGCUCGACACCGAAGACAUCUACACCAACUGCAUCAACAUGAUCCUCGAAAAGUACGGCAAAGGAACCCUGCCCUGGUCCAUCAAGGCCAAGCUCCAGGGUCGCCCCGGCCCCCAGGCCAACAAGAUCUUCCACGACUGGGCUCAGCUCCCCAUCUCCCCCGAGGAGUACCUCGCCGAGAACACGGCCCUGCAGAAGCAGCUGUUCCCUCACACUCAGCCUCUGCCUGGUAUUCCCGAGAUGCUGGGACACCUCGGUCGCACUCGGUACUGGGAGGUCAAGGACGGCGCCGCUGCCGCCGAGGCCAAGGCCAACAACCGCGACGGUGAACCUCACCGCGUUCACAUUGCCCUCGCCACCAGCUCCCACCUGGGCAACUUUCGCGUCAAGACGGAUCACCUUCAGGAGCUCUUUGCCGUCUUCCCCUCACACCGCCGUGUCCUGGGCGACGACUCUCGUCUGACUCCUGGUCGUGGCAAGCCCCUGCCCGACAUUUUCCUCCUCGCUCUCAAGACCAUCAACGAUUCGCUCCCUGCUGGUGAGCGGCCCAUCACCCCUGAGGAGUGUCUUGUAUUCGAGGACUCGGUCCCCGGCGUCGAGGCCGGUCGUCGUGCCGGUAUGCGCGUCAUCUGGUGCCCUCACCCGAUGCUGAAGAAGGAGUACGCUGGACGUGAGGAGGAGGUCCUUGCUGGCCGCACGGGCGAGGCCGGGGCGGUUGACCUCCACCAGGUCGGAGAGCUCAACGACGGAUGGGCCGAGUACAUGACCACCCUGGCCGACUUCCCCUACGACAAGUUUGGCAUCGUUGUCCCGUCGGUCGAGGUCGAGAAGGAGGACUGCAUGAAGGAGUCUCCCGAGGAGGCGGUCGCUGAGGCCUGA